AUGGGACACGGGCCAUACAAGGGCGUAGAACCCAUGGUAGUCUUUGCUUUAGCAUCGGACGACGGUUGCAGACACGAAAUAACCGUUCACCCUGCGGUUAAUCUGGCAAUGCGUGGAGGCUUGACAUGGUCAAACACUUCUACUUUCUACAUUGAGGAUGAGCUGCUGCCCCUCGGUAGAAUGCCGUUUCCCAGUAACGUCUCCUCGACCAGUCCGUAUGCGCGCCACUAUGCCUCUCCAGAAUGUGCAGACCGGGAUAUCAUCAUUCUCAACACCCCGUGGACCAAGCCCGUCAGGUUGGAGCUGAGUGAAGCGGCAGGGACAGGACUUGAGCUCAACAGGACCUAUGAACGCUCGCCUGACUUUCGCAUGAAGGCAUUGCUUUGCAAAUCUCAGUAUUCUAUGGAAACACACAACACUUCUACUUCAAUAGGCCAAGGCAAAGAGCCGAACAUUACGUCCAUGGAGUCGGACCAUAUUCAGCCCGUGUCAAUCACGAAAGAUAUGAUAGACAUCCCUAAAUUUGAAGAGAUGGCACUACAAGACACUUGGAAAUACUAUUUUAACGCCGAAAGCAUAGCGACUGAUGCGGACCGUGCUCUGGGCGGCCAGCUUGGCCCUUACUCCGAUCCGAACAUGACGACCAACGCUCCAGAGUUCUUUGGGCUUGGUCCGCUGCUUGGCGCUCUCUAUUCAUUCAACGUUACCGAAAUGUUGAACGACAGGGAGUUUGUUUCCCGCGCAGAAAGAGUCAAAGGAAGAUUCUUCACGGAGUGUCUUCGCGAGGCCUUGAACGACCCCGACGUAACACGCGUCGAAGUUACAAAAGGGAAGGCAACAGUGGUCGAAAAUAGAAUCAUGGUACUCCAAGAGAUCGGAAUCGCUUUGGCUACCCUCUUCUUGGUCUCCUUCUUGCUACUCAUCAUGGUAUUUUGGGUCUCACGACUAUCAUUUCGGCCGCUCGACCUCAGCAUGGACCCCGGCAUCACCGUUUCGAUGUCAGCGCUCUUCGAACGACAAGCUGUGAACGUAUCUCAUCGAGCGAUUAUCGAGAGGACGCUGGAACCUCGAGAGAUACCCAUUAUAACUACGGUGAAGACCUACGAACAACGAAUGGGUGCAGCUAUUCCGGGUCUGCCUCCAUUUGAAGUACUCAACGAUCUUCUGCUGAAUCCGCCUAAAAAUUGGCUUCCCGGCGCUGCCAUUCAGCUAUCACUCAAUGGCACUAAGCCUUCUUGGACUCAAGAUGGUUGGAGUUUCAUACCCUUCAAUCUUACCAGUAUUUCCCAAGUGGAUGCCAAAGAAACGAUAACGUUUCCGAAUAACGUAACAAUCACAACAUCUGCUCUACGAGCUCGGCUAGAAUGCGAGCAAGUACCCGAAGUAGCGAACACAUCGACAUGGCUCAUUCAUCCCGAUGAAAUUGAUUCCCAGGUCACACCGACGGAUCUGGAGGGCCUGGAAAAUUACUAUUCCUUCAAUCAUACGAUGUUUGGCGGCAGCCCGUCAAACACUUCAGCAUUUGGCACCAGCGCUAUGCUGUCGUGUUGCUCAAACGGAACCAAAGACGAUCCGGACUCAGCAGUGAUAGGAUACUGGUCCCCAGUAAAUGUCGAAGAGUUUCCAAACGCAGACAGUCAGUGGCCGGUUCCAUUUGUUACGAAAUGGAUCGUUGGUAAGCCUGUAACAGUACCAGGCAGAGACGAGAACCAAGGACCAAUGCUGCUUUUCAAAGAUGUACCCGAUUUACAAGCCGCUCGUUGCAUGCCGAUAGUGGAGACGUCAGAUGCCAAAGUGGUCGUGGACGUGGAAACGGGCAUGGUCCAAUCCUAUGAGAUCAUCAGCCCUGUCGGCCCUGCAAAAUCAGCAUGGUCCGAAGUGUUUGUCCGACACGCGCCGACCCAUGGCAACGCAACGCAGCAAUACGACAAAAAAUACCGAGGACCGUUGAACGUCACCACGAGUUAUGGGGUCUUAUUCAUGGGAUCCAUGUUCAAGGCCGCUGACCCGAAUCUUGGGCCAGAAGGGACAUUAUUCAUGGAAUCUCUUCGCGACAAUGCCUUCAUCAUACGCGACGCUGAAACCGGCAUGAACAUGGACCUGAUGACAUACAGCAUGUAUAGCCUCGCCAACAAGGAUCCGCAGGCUUUGCUCGACUACGCAACACUUGUCACACACGCAAACCAUACCUUCCAAACUUUCUUCCAGCACUUCAUCAGCAAUGGUCUAUCUCUAGAGCAAGGCGGUUGGGGGUACCAAAAGAUCGGCGACAACAGUACACAUGCGUUAGGAGAGCCAGUGACAUUGGAUGGCAGGGUUCUUCCGCGACGCAAGUUCUUCAUAUGA